CCUACCUCUGAUGGAAGGGAUUAGGAAAGUUGAUUAUUGAAGAAAAAGACUGUUUUUAGUUUGUUAGUCUUAAUCAAUAGUUUAGUUGAUAUUAGUUUUUAUCAGUACCCCUCCUUUUUUUUUUUUUUUUCUUAUUAUUAUGAUUUAGUUAUUUAGUUUACUCCAAUCUUCUUAUCUGAAAUAAAUAUAAAAUUUUCUUAUUCCGUUUGGUUUCUUCUUCCACACUUUCUUUCUCUCUCUGGGUCAUUUUGGCUUUUAUGAAGGAUUACCUUCAUCGUUUUUAUCCGUACCAGGCAAUACGCUUGUACCUUCAUUCACUGCGUAUUCUUCCACCUAAGCGUGCUCUUCGUCCUUCCGUCAUACAACAACAACAACAACAACAACAACAACAACAACAACAACAACAACAACAACAGGCAAUUGUUCAACCAGAUGCGACAUCUAUCCAGAGUUUAUUUCAAGUCAUUCAUAGCACGACAACUACUGAUAAUAACAACAAGAUCAAGUUACUCAAGAAGAGACUAGGUUUUGUGGUAUAUCAGAAACCUUCCACUAUCGCUGGAGCAGGUACUGGGGUCUUUUUGGACGGAUGUUGUCGCGCAGGUCAAGUGGUUUGUCUUUACCCAGGAACGGUGUAUUUGCCCUCUGAACCGAUACUAUUGGCCAGCCUUGCAAAUCGAUAUAUCUUAAAGUGUUAUGAUGGUACCUUUGUGGAUGGAAAGUCUACAGGAUUAUCAGGAUAUAUCUAUCGAUCUACUUAUCAUCGAGAAAAUUGGCCAGGUGCAACUCGAUCAAGUGAUUUGACUUGGAUGACAAACAAGCCAAGGAACCCAUUUGCUAUUGGACAGAUUGUUAACAAUGGUACAAAAAAAUAUCCAGCCAACGUGUGUUAUCAAGAAAUCGAUAUUCCCGUGGAUUUUCCUAGAUCACUUCGUCAAUAUAUACCCAAUACUUAUUGGUAUCCACUUGAUCCUUUCACUACAGUCACAAGAAUAGUUGCUUUGGUUGCUUUACGAAAUAUUGAAAAUGAAGAACUAUUCUCUACUUAUAUGGAUACAUUCUAGUUAGUUGCCGUAGUUGUAGUAUAGUUUGUUAGUUUUAUUGAAAAAGAAUAAAGUAAUUGUAACUAUUUAAAAAAAAAUAACUAAAUGAAUGAUGAUGAUA